AUGAGCUACCAAGCAGGCUAUCCACCGCCAGGACAGCAGCAGGCCUACGGCGCGCCCCCGCCGCCGGCAUACGUCGCGCCACCACCGGCGUACCCUCCGACACAGGACGGCGGCGCGUACUACGGCCAGCCGCAGCAGCAGCAGACCACCACCAGCCGCGGCGGCGACGGUUUCUGGAAAGGAUGCUGCGCCGCCAUCUGCUGCUGCUGCGUCCUCGACAUGUGCUUCUGA